CCCUCCUCCCGACCCCCCCCCCCCCCACACACACUCACACACAAAAAAAAAAAUCAACUGCAAUUAGCAGAUUUGGCAUCUUGGCCAAGUUGGCACGGCUGCUUUCACAUUGUGGACGCUUCGUUCAUCUUCGUGUCAACCUAAGGCUGCAGCCGCCUCCUCCUCCUCGUCGUCCUCCUCGUCGUCGUCGUACCAGCCGCCGUCAUGACUGACAGGAAGGCCGUCAUCAAGAACGCCGACAUGUCCGAAGACAUGCAGCAGGACGCGGUGGACUGCGCCACGCAGGCCAUGGAGAAGUACAACAUCGAGAAGGACAUCGCCGCCUACAUCAAGAAGGAGUUCGACAAGAAGUACAACCCCACCUGGCACUGCAUCGUGGGCCGGAACUUCGGCAGCUACGUCACUCACGAGACCAAACAUUUCAUCUACUUCUACUUGGGCCAAGUCGCCAUCUUGCUCUUCAAGUCGGGCUGAGGCCUUUUUACUUUCUUUCUUUUCACUUUUGUUGUUUUUUCUUCUUCCGCCCUAAGCAUUUGGAGGCUAACUAAAGCAUCAGUUUCUCAAAUCAUAAUAAUAAUAAGAACAUAACAAAAUGAUGCAGCGCUGCACGGGCGACAACUUCAUUUCAUUAGUACGCCUAAGACGACGCGUUGUCGGCCGCCAUUUUAGCACAACGUAAUUUUAUUUUUUUAAUGUUGUCGAAGAGGUAAAAUGGGGGCCCCAGAUUAUGAAAAAAUGAAUCAGCUGUAGAAUGUUGUGGUUUACGUUUGAAGCUUAUUGACUAACGUGGUUGUUAGUUAUCGUGUCGGAACAUCGUCAUAACUGUUAGCGGCAAUUUUUUUACAUAAACCAAAAAAAAAAGUAAAUUAGCGCACCAAUUUGGUAGAAUGUGUGUUUUGGAUUUUUUUUUUUUAAAUCUAUUUUUAAAUUCCCUUUGUGGAUUUUUGAUUGUGUUGCGCCGAUGCUCCAGUUUGCUCAUUCCAAAUUUUCCUUCCUAAUUUUGACAAUUAACGUCACACGCACUCCCAUUGAUGGUAAUCAAUAUUUUUUUUCUUCAUUCAAAUACAUAACUUUAAACCGAUCAGAUAUUUUCUACAUGGCAUUGUUCAACUUGAAAUUUCUCAAGGAGCGUGAUGAUUAAUGCAAAUUUUUGUCAAACUAUUGUGGCGACUAAACAGAGCUGAUUUAUUUUUUUAAAAAUUGUUUAAUUUGGUUGAUAUAUUUGAAUCUAUUGACAUUUCCUUUGAACAGCAAACAUCAUCGUGACAUUGACGUAUCCUCAAUUUUAAUUUAGUGCAGAUUUAUGUCCUAAAAUUAAUACAAAAAUAUAGUGGCCUAGUUUGGUAGAUGUCAGGGGAUUUUUACUUUUUUUUUAAAACUAAUAUAAUUGCUAACACAAAGAUUUGACAUUUUAAUAUUCAGAAAUGGUCGCACCUUAAAAUGAAAAUGUAUUUAAAAAAAAGAAGACAAAACAGCACUCAGUUGUUCGUUUCUUUGAAAUUUUGUUUUUGAACGUGAUGAUUAACGGCAAUUGUAUAUUUGUUGUCACGCAGCACUUUAUCAUAAUGCUUGGCACUAAUUUAAUUUAUUAUUAUUUUUAAAUUCGGAAAUGUUCUACAAAUGUUCUCCCUAAAAAUACUAAACGGUAGUGCUGUAAUUUCUUUUGAAAAUGUCCCAAAUUUCCUUUUUUUUCCUUCCACUUCCCAAAAACAUAUUUGAAGAGUCUUAAUUGCCCAUAGGUGUGUUUGUGAGUGUGGAUGUUUGUCUCCAUGUGCCCUGCGAUUGGCCGGCGACCAGUUCAGGGCGUACCCCGCCUCCCUGCCAGUUAACAGCUGGGAUAGGCUCCAGCACUCUCUGCGACCCUCGUGAGGAUAAGCGUCGAGGAAAAUGGAUGGAUGUACCGAAACAUUGUUGCAUUGUAUUAAAAAAAUUGGAAACGCCAAA